AUGGCAGAGGCGGCGGGCAAGAGGGGUCCCGAUCUGAAGGCCUCUCUUGGGGGGCGGUCGGGGGCGGAAGGAGACCCCCGGCAGCCCGGCAGGAGGAGCGGGGAGCCCUCCCUCCAGGAGCCCGAGGCGGGUCGUCCUGCGCCCGGGGACCCGCCGCCUGCAAAGAGUAUGAGCAACUUCGAAAACCCUGCAACCAGGGAAUUUCUCAAAGCGAUGGCGAGGCCAGCCAAAGUUUUUGCCCAACUGUUGCAAGAAAAAGAGCGCCUGUCGCAAGAAAAGGAGCAACUGAUGCAGGAAAAGGAGCACCUGAUGCGAGAAAACGAGCGCCUUUUGCAAGAAAAGGAGCACCCGUUGCAAGAAAAGGAGCAACUGCAAGCAUCCCAUGAGACAGAAGUGGCCCUUCUCAAGGCUGAGAUUCAGCGGCUGCAGCAGGAGCUCCAAGAGGCCAGAAGCCAGAGGACAAGGAACCAAGUAUUUCCAUUUCCAUGGUUUAAAACAGAUUUCCAUAUCCAGGUGCUUGUCACUGGGAAGACUGGUGGCUGUGAAAACGAGUUCUUAAAGAAGGUCUCCGAGCGUCUCUUCAAUAUCCACCUCAAGACUGAGAGAUACCAAGAGGGUUCCAGCCACUUCCUGCUGGUCUUCUGCCCGGUGGCUACUUCAGUGGGCAGCAACAUGGCCAAUGCUCUCAAGGGUCUCGGCAGUGAGCCAAAGGCUGUCUUGGUGAUGCUGCAUCACAAACUGAAGGAGAGCACUUCCUUUGUGGACACCAAGCUACUGGCGUAUCACCCAGCCGUAGUGCGCACCCUCCACGCUCGCUACACCCUUGAAGAUGGCUUCUAUGCCUGCCCGAUUAAUGAGGAGGCCGUGGCCAUUGUGGCCAAAGUCCUGGAAGACCACUGCAAAGCGGGGAAGGGGGACCCCGCAAUCCCUGGCGCUCUGUCCAAGUCUUGGAAUAUGUAGUGCUUUCAGGAUGCUGCUAGCUACCAGGCAUCUCAUUAUUGGAUGGAAAAGGACAUAAAGGACAAGGAUGUUGGUGGCUAUUAUUAUUGUUCAGCCUGUAACUGUGUUUCAGGAUCAGGGUGCUUUGGAUGUGAGGAAUGAUGUUAAUGAGGUUCAAGAUGAGUUUCAAGAUGGCAACGGUUUGGUCAGUGAUAUUGAUGCAGAGAAUGAUCAGGAGAUCCCAGUAGUUUCCCAUGAGAAUGUCCCUGAGGGGUGUGGGGAUGAUGGUGUGCUUUCUGAAUUGUUACCAGAGAGUUCUCAUGAGAGAGAACAUGAAAAUAACUCGGCACCUGGCCUAGCUGCAAAAGUUAACAAGCCGGUCUGAGUCCCUCUACGGAGGUUGAAAAGAUCGGGAUAUAAAAGUUUUAAAGAAAUAAAUGAAACAAGCAAGUAGAUAACGAGCCCAGAGAUAGAUGAGAUUAGUCAAAACAGGAGAGCUGAGCAAUGGCUUCGGCGCUCUGCCAGGCUUUGACUGAAACAAUAACAAAGCUUCAAUUAAAGGGAAACCAAUUUCUGACCGCUAGUGACCUACCUAACGAGGGGAUAAAAGUCUCAAGUUUGGGAUGUGUAGUCAGAUGAACCAUUGUUUAGAAUCACGCCAAGUUCUUGUCCUUGUUUAUGGAAGCCUUGCUUUAAAGAUUUAUGCCAAGAUAUUUCUUGUUUCAAGGCUU